AUGACUGCUGCUGCUGCGACGCUGAAGGCGGCAGGAAGAAGCAGUGAAUCAGCCGAGCAGAGAGAUUCUGCAGUUGAAAUAACAGGUUCAUUGGCAAGGAGAGGGGCAUCGAUCAGGCAGAGUUUGGGUCUGGGUACUAAAAAACACAAACAAGAACCACUUGAACCUGUCACAGAGGCCAUGACUCCAUCUGAAGAGCAGACAGAGGUCAUAGAUACAGUGUUGGAGCUCAGAGACACAUAUACUCUGCCAGAGAUACCACCUGUGCCUUUGUCAGAUUCUGCAGUUGAAAUAACAGGUUCAUUGGCAAGGAGAGGGGCAUCGAUCAGGCAGAGUUUGGGUCUGGGUAGUAAAAAACACAAACAAGAACCACUUGAACCUGUCACAGAGGCCAUGACUCCAUCUGAAGAGCAGACAGAGGUCAUAGAUACAGUGUUGGAGCUCAGAGACACAUAUACUCUGCCAGAGAUACCACCUGUGCCUUUGUCAGUAAUGGAGAUUAACAAACUGAUAGAUAUGGAAGUUUUAGAGGAGGCCUACGUGAAUCUACUGUCACUAUGCCUGGAGUUUCAAAAGGAGCAUCAAGCUCUGGAUCAAGAAGACUAUCCCAUCGAACUAGUCAAUAAAGAGAAAGAUCUCAGUCUGCUCUAUGGCACAUUAAGGAACAAAAUGUUUGUCAUUGUACGCAACUCCAGUGCUCUUCCCUCACGCAAUAAAGAGCUGCUGGUGUAUGUAGCAUACAUUAUCCUGGAGGAAGAGAAGAGACAGGGAGAGCCAGGAGCGAUGCAGGGAUGGAGGGAAACGAAUCCAUUUAAAGGUUAUGAUUAUGGCUUUAAUUAUGAAUUUAAUUGCUGUUUCCAUAGUGAGAAGGUAAUGGGAAGCAGCUCUCUGCAGCCUGAGUUGAAGGAAGAUCAGAGAGUGCUGACACUGGACAACGAUUUCCUUAAUCAGAUAAAAGACAAAUACUGUGCUUGCUUACAGGCUGACAUGAAAACAUCACUCAACCGAAUUAUUGAGUUGGAGAAUGAGGACAUGUGGAGAGAAAAGAGAAAACCAGUGAUUGAUGAGGGAAUCUACACCUCACACAUUGACAUGGACAUCUGGACUAAUAUUAAAGGGCAUGUACAAGGAUCCAGAAGAAUCGAUGUGAACCUUGAGCAGAAGGUUGUGCGUUCCUGUUUGGAGGAACUGAAGACCUUUCCAAAACGGUUUGAAUCAGCGUUUGUUAAGUGGAGCAGUCCUCUGUCUAACUCCUCUCUCUGGGCAGAGUAUCACAUCAGCUACAUCAACAGCUUUAGUGCCCUGAAAGAGCACAUGGAGAGCUAUCAAGACACCUGCCCGAUUCAGCUAGGGCUGGUUCAAAACGAAAUAGAUGGACUGACCACCAGAUUGAGUCAAGCUGUGAUGGAGAACUUCAAAACAGAUGUCAAGCCUUUCCUCAGGAGACAAAUGACAGGGAAAUGGUUUUCAUUUAAUGAAGACUUUUCAAAGCUGAUCAGCAGAACUGAGACUCUUUCUGAUCAGAGCAAGUACAUGACCCCAAAACAUAAACAGGCUUUUGUGAACAAAGCUCACUUUUUUGUGGUGAAGGAAUAUGUCUCUCAGCUGAUGAAGAAUAACUACUCAUGCAAAAACAGGAAGAAUGAGACAGCUGCCACUAAGAUAACAAAUCAGUGGGAGGAACUGAAGGAGAUUUUCCAAGAUAUGAACUCAACCUUAGAUUGGCUCCAUCCAGUCGGGAACCAGCUGAGCAUGAUCAUUGGGUGCAAAAAAAGUGAUGUAAAACAACAUUUACAACCAUUAGUUAAUAACUAUCCAGACAUCAGGAAGAGUCAUCUCUCAGCUGUGCUGUACUUCCGGGGAAUUAUAAGAGGCAGGGAAAAGCAUACUAUACUACAGCGGCUGGCAGAGCUGAAACAGAGCUCUGGGAAUACAGGGAAUAAAGAGCAGGCUCUCUUUAGUGAGAUUCAAGCAGCAGUUAACACAGACUGCAUGGCUGGUACACCCUUCUCCUGUUUGUCCUUCAUUGUGCCAGACAGCUAAUGCACUUCAUUUGAUUUGAAGUGGACAAAAUCAUUGUUUGAAAGCGACCAUAUGUCUAAUUCAAAGUAUGAGCAAUACUAAUAUAUUAUGAGCAAUAAGGAAUGUUCUCAUGCCUCUUGUGAAUCCUUCAUGGUCUUGAAACAUUGUUGCUUUUUUGGAGAAAAUAGAUGAGGCAAAGAGGGGGCUAAAAUGUUUUUAGUAUGUUGUGAUCAUACUUAUGCCAUUUGUUAAUGUUAUUAGUAAAUAAUGAUAAAAUACUACUAGGCCUUGAUAAUGUGAUAUUUCUAGAUGCCACAUUCUAGUCAAAAAUGCAUGCUGGUUUCAGUAAUCCUCUACAAACAGCUAUAAGCUCACAUUCAGGUCAUGUUAAAUUGAUGUCUUUCUGAUUGUCUUCACUCAGAAAUGACUUCUUACAGAAAUACAAAUAAGUUGUAAAAGUUGAGAACCUUAUCAAAACAUCUUUUGUACACCACCAGAGGUCUCUAUAACACUGCAGGCUGAUGUUGUGUCAAAAGCCCCUGAUCUUUUUAAAGAUGGAACAUGUUUCACUUACCAAAUAAAAUAUGUUUUCAUUUGUUCUCCAAGUAUUAGGCUACAGAUGAUGAAAAGCAGUCUGCACCGCUUACCUUACAGGGCGACAAAACUCAUAACACUUUAAAAGAGACAUACUUGUAGAUGUUUGUGAAAGAUGUUUUCUCUGUUUU